UUUAAUUUAGGGUUCAGACGUAGGGCAACAAACUGGACACAUUCUGAGUUGUCAGGACCCAGACAAUUACCUUACCAUAGUUUUGAAAACAUUCAUGUGUGUUAGUGCAGCAAGGCAUUUCAGUUUCAACACUGGGUCGAGCUUUUUAGCCCGAUUAGCUAUACCUCGAUCUUAAACUAACAUGGAAUCAUCGGCACCCAGUAGACACUAUGAAUUCGUGAGAGAUAUUUCGUGGUAAGUCAAUAAUGUACAUCAAGGAUAGCAAUGGCCCCAGUAUAUUAUCUUGUGGUGUACCGUUUGGCGUUGGUCACUGGUAGGUAACCUUUUACUGUGUUCGUUAUUGAUUCGAAUAGUUUGGUUCUUAGGCGAAAAGGCAUAUUUUUUGAUGAGUGAGUCUCUAGGUUUUGAGUUUGGGAAUUUUAAAUGACAGCGGAGUUAUAAACUACAGCAGGUGUGUAAAUAAACACUUUUAUUUAAGAAUACCAUUUCAUAUUUAUUUGAAUAUUAAAUAUAGUCUGAACUUUCAAUUCAUUUUCAAUGUUGUACUUAUGCGUAUAGGGUAGGGCGAGUGGCCGAAAAUGGAAUGAUCUGAUCUGACAAAACACAAAAUAGCGAUUGAACACCAUUUCUACGAAUCCGACCUCGUAAAACAAUUCCAAGCGCAAAUGAUGACUUAAGAAUAUUUAUCUUUCACUUUUGUUAAGAUAAGUAGUUUAUUACAGCUUUGCAUAUAGGCAUUUACUAAUCCCUAUCCACGUUAUGUAUACAAAUAUCGGAAAUACAGCAGUAGUUCUGAUUAGCUGCUUAGUGUUAUAGAAAUUGCAAACAUUUUGUUCAGAAGCGAUUCUCGUUUGUAGCAGAAUUCAGAGCAUUUAUUUGUGACUGCUAUGAACUUAAUGGUUUUUCAAAAUACGCACAAAGUUCUUAGAUGACAUUAGGUUUCUAUAGGAUAUGAACAAACUAAACCAAAAUCGAAUAAGGUAGGUGUGCACGAUCAGGUACAUAGCCAAUCUUUUUCUCUAGCGAAAAAAGCAGUGGUUUUUCUUCAAAUGUAACGGACCCUUCGUCAUCCACAACCAAUGAUGGCAUAAGAAAAUUAUCACAAACGCUUAUUGAAACAAGUACUUGUGAAGAGAAUGAAAUUCAAAUGCAAGAAACUUACUUUUCCGUUGCAAUACAAGUGUUUAUACCAUUUUUAAUAGCUGGAUUUGGAAUGGUUUUUGCAGGAUUAGUAUUGGAUCGAAUACAACAUCUGCCUGUAUUCGAGGAAAUAACUGAAUUGGUCAUCUUAACGCCGCCACUUCUCGGAUUAAAAGGAAACCUGGAAAUGACUUUAGCAUCGCGAUUGUCAACGCAUGCUAAUUUAGGACGCAUGGAUUCUUUUAAGCAGAAAUGGAAUAUGAUUACUGCAAACUUGAUGCUUACUCAGUGCCAAGCUAUUGUAGUUGGGCUUUUGGGAUCUCUGGUCGCUGUGAUCAUGGGUGGGAUUCGAAGCAACGAAGUUGAAUUAGCGCAUGUGCUUUUGAUUUGUGCUAGCAGUUUGUUAACUGUAUCACUUGCAAGUUUUGUUUUGGGUUUGGUAACAUCAGGCGCUGUUGUAUUAUCUCGAUUGUGCCAUAUUAAUCCAGAUAACGUGGCGACGCCAAUAGCCGCAAGCUUAGGAGAUAUUACUUCGCUAGCUUUAUUAUCGUGGGUGUCUACGGCUUUGUAUGAUUGCAUAGGAAAGCGAGAUUGGGUUGCACCGUUCAUAAUCGUCGGUUAUAUUACGGUAAUACCCUGCUGGGUGUGGGUGGCAAAACAUAAUGUACGCACACGAGAAGUUUUGUACCACGGCUGGACUCCAAUACUAGGCGCUAUGUUAAUUAGUUCAAUGGGAGGUCUCAUUUUAGAUAUUAUGGUCUCAAAGUUUGAGGGAAUAGCAAGAUUUCAACCACUAAUGAACGGGGUCGGUGGCAACUUAGUCGCUGUUCAUGCUAGUCGAAUAUCAACUUCGUUACACAAAGAGCAAGAAUUGGGGCUCUGUUCAUCCAGUUUAAAAACAGAGGAAGAAUCAAUUAUUUUUAUAUCUCCUGUUAGUGGAUUUUGUGGGAAAGAAGCGCAUUCACGAACGGCCCGUGUUUUGAUGACAAUGGUCGUUCCAGGUCACCUUAUUUUCCUGUACACUAUUGUUCACAUAAAGGGAGGAAAUACGUCUCUUAGUACAAUUUUUGUGUUAGCAUAUUUGUGUGCGGCAGUAGUCCAAGUGGCUACGCUGCUGUACGUUGCGUAUAUAAUGAUACAUUGGAUGUGGAAACGCAAAAUCGAUCCAGAUAAUUCGGCCAUACCUUAUCUGACAUCUAUGGGGGACCUUCUGGGAAUAUCAUUGUUAGCUCUAGCGUUCCAGUUUCUUCACUUGGUUAUUGGCAAUGAUUCCCAACUAGGAGAUUAAAUAAAUUUUACCUCCUAUGCCCUAUUUAUUA